AUGGGAUCUAUCGGCAAUUAUCAUGACCUCAAGGCGACUAAUGGAGUUACAAAUGGGGCCAAGCCCUAUGAAAUCGUUGAACAACCUAGUCGAUACGGUCGCAAGAUCCGCAUCAUCGUGAUCGGUGCCGGCGCGAGCGCGUUGAACUUCGCCCAUGACAUUGACACAAGCACACUAAAUACUGAGCUGGUUCUCUACGAGAAAAACCCAGAGAUUGGUGGCACUUGGUAUGAAAAUCGCUACCCUGGUUGUGGGUGCGAUAUUCCCUCUGUCAAUUAUCAGUUCUCAUGGGCUCCCUCUCCGGACUGGACCUCCUUUUACUCCGGUGCACCUGAAAUCUUGAAAUAUUUCAAAAAUGUUGCCGACAAGUAUGGGCUCCGGAAAUAUAUUCGACUAGAGCACAAAGUGGUAGGCGCGUUCUGGGAUGACCAAGAUCAACAGUGGCAUGUAAAAGUCCAGAGAGGAGACAACCCCGAGGAUGUUUUCGAGGACCAAGGUCAUAUCCUGAUCAAUGCCAGUGGCGUGCUGAACAAAUGGAAGUGGCCCGCAAUCAAGGGAUUGGAAUCUUUCGAGGGCCCGAGACUUCACAGUGCAAACUGGGACGACAAAAUCCAGCUACAGGGAAAGCGAGUCGCUGUGAUUGGCUCAGGAUCCUCUGCAGUACAAAUCGUUCCGAGUAUUCAGCCGAAGGUAUCAUCGCUCAAAUGCUUCAUUCGCAGUGCAUCGUGGGUCACUGCAGGGUUUGGGCAACGAUUUGCCGGAAAGGGGGGAACCAAUUUCAAAUAUAACGAAACGCAAAAGCAGAUACUGCAGAACGACCCUCAAAAAUACUUGGCGUAUCGGAAGAAGAUUGAGUCUGAGCUCAACUCUCGAUUCCGAUUCAUCCUCAAUGGAUCCGAGGAACAAGCUAACGCGCGAGCUUACGCAGAGAAAGAUAUGCGCAUGAAGCUUGCCGAUCGUCCCGAAAUCGCAGACGCGAUUGUUCCCAAGGACUUCGCAGUCGGUUGCCGGAGGCCUACACCCGGUAACGGAUAUCUUGAGGCGCUUUGCAGCGAGAACACAGAGGUUGUCAACCAAUCAAUUCAAGAGAUUACCCCGAAAGGUAUUAAGACUGCAGAUGGUGUUGAGCACGAAGUCGAUGUUAUCGUGUGUGCUACCGGUUUCGAUGUCAGUUGGCGCCCAUCAUACCCGACAAUUGGCCGGGAGUCACGCAGUCUGAGUGAGGAAUGGAAGAACAUCCCAAGAACAUACCUUUCCAUCACAGCUCCGCAUUUCCCCAACUACCUCAUUUUCAACGGUCCCUUUGGUCCUUACGGCCACGGAAGCUUCCUUCCAAUCACCGAGACUAUUUCACGACACUUCCUCCAAAUGUUGGAGAAAAUGUCAUCUGAAGGCGUGACAGCAUUUGAGCCGAAGGUUGAGGCAGUCGAUGAUUUCUUCGAGCACCACCGAAACUUCAUGCCUCGAACCGCAUGGACAUCUCCAUGUCGCUCCUGGUUCAAGCAGGGGACUGUCGAUGGCGAGGUUAUGAUGUGGCCGGGUUCAAGGAUCCAUUUCUUUGAAACCAUGAAGCAGCCGCGUUGGGAAGAUUAUAACCUCAACUAUACAACCACUAACCGGUUUGGCUAUCUUGGCAAUGGAUUCGCCGCUCGUGAAUCUGAUGGAAGUGACCUGUCCUGGUAUCUUGGUACGCUUGAGGGUAAUGAAAAGGCACAUCUUCCCGACGAGGAUUUUGAGGCUUUCAUGGUCCAGUGA